CCGGUCUACUCUUCACAGCCCACUUUGAGAGAAGAUUUCGCGCACAAUUUCUAGUGGGAGACACAUGACGUGAACGCAGUUUGGAGGGGAAGCGGGCGGAUGUAGUGGCUCAGAGGCACGGAGGCAGGUCCACACGCCGCGGGUCGAGACAGAGACGAGCAGCGAGCGCAGCCACGGUGUGUGUGCGCGUGUGUGUGUGCGCGUGUGUGUGCGCGUGUGUGUGUGCGCGUGUGUGUGCAGAUAUUUGUGGCUGGAGGAGGACCUGGUACUUGUCUGAGACUGGAAAAAAAUGAGAUAACAAUAAGACCUGUAAGGGGUCUCGAGCAGCAGUGUACAGUUCCGGGAAAUACCACCACAAGAAACGGAUCCCAGGGAAGGACAGAACAAAUCCAUCCAGUCACUCACACAGCCUCAUAGGCUCUUUUAAACAGACUCCGUAUUACAUACACACGCAGGCGCCAGAGCAGAUAUGAGUGGGGAUAAACCAGCUGAUUCUGUGGAAACUGCCCUCGCUGAGGCAAAUGCUAUUCCUAAUGGGAAAGGCCACGAGGAGGAGAUGUCGUUAUCGGGCAACACACCUUCUGCAGACACAAGUGAAAAGGGAAACAUACCCAACAGUGCCCAGAAUGAUAGAACUGAGAACACAGAGGCCAACCUCCCAGAGGGGCAGGAGUUCCUAUCAGGCGUGGAGGACAAGAAGAACCCUCGCUUUACAGAUUUUGAGGGGAAAACCUCGUUCGGGAUGUCUGUCUUCAACCUUGGCAAUGCGAUCAUGGGAAGUGGAAUCCUAGGACUGGCAUACGCCAUGGCCAACACAGGGGUCGUCUUGUUUUUGGUACUUCUGACAGUGGUGGCAGUCCUCUCGUCGUAUUCCAUCCAUAUACUGCUGAAGUUGUCGGGUAUUGUAGGUAUCCGUGCCUAUGAGCAGCUCGGCUACAGGGCCUUUGGGACCCCGGGGAAGAUGGCGGCAGGUAUUGCCAUCACGCUGCAGAACAUUGGAGCCAUGUCCAGUUACUUGUACAUAGUCAAGUAUGAGUUCCCUUUGGUCAUCCAGGCCUUUUUGAAGGUGGAUAAACCUGCAGGUGAAUGGUACAUGAACGGGAACUACCUCGUCAUCAUUGUAUCUAUUGCAGUAAUACUACCUCUGGCUCUUAUGAAACAGCUGGGAUACCUGGGAUACACCAGUGGUUUCUCCCUGAGCUGCAUGGUUUUCUUCCUCGUUUCGGUCAUCUACAAGAAGUUCAACACCCCGUGCCCGUUCACAGACUUUUCAUUCAAUAGCACUGCUAGCGUGCUGAAUGUGAGCGCCAUGGAUCCUGGUGGGGAGCCGGAUCCUGCCUGCAUUCCCAAAAUGGCCAACCUCAACUCCCAAACAGCCUACACCAUCCCCAUCCUGGCGUUUGCCUUUGUGUGUCACCCAGAGGUCCUGCCCAUCUACACAGAGCUCCGCAAUCCCACCAAGAAAAAGAUGCAGCAUGUGGCCAACAUCUCCAUUGCAGUCAUGUACUGCAUGUACUUCUUGGCUGCUCUUUUUGGAUACUUAACUUUCUAUGGGGAAGUGGAGGCAGAGCUGCUUCACACAUACAGUCGCAUUGACCCGUAUGAUACUUUGAUUUUGUGUGUGCGUGUGGCUGUACUCAUUGCUGUCACACUCACCGUACCCAUUGUGCUCUUUCCUGUGCGAAGAGCGCUCCAGCAGAUGAUAUUUCCCAACAAGACCUUCAACUGGCCCCGUCACAUCGCCAUUGCCUUCGUUCUGCUCACUUUCAUCAACAUGCUCGUCAUCUUUGCUCCCAACAUCCUGGGCAUCUUUGGGGUCAUCGGUGCCACAUCUGCCCCAUGUCUCAUCUUCAUUUUCCCUGCUGUCUUCUACAUUCGUAUUGUUCCCAAAGAAGAGGAGCCAAUGACCUCAUUCCCCAAAGUCAUGGCCGUCUGUUUUGCUGCGAUAGGCGUCCUGUUUAUGAUCAUGAGCCUCAGCUUUAUCAUCAUUGAUUGGACAUCGGGGAGCAGCAAAGCCAGCAGCGGUCACUAGGCACCACCAUCCAUUGUAUCAGGUUUUUUAUUGUUGAUUUUGAUCUGUAUUGUGAUGCUAAAGUUUUUACUUUGGAUGAUGUUUGACGAUGCCCUACCUUGUCCAUUAGAGAAUAUUGAUCACAGAGAAGGAGUCAAUUUCUCCACGAAAGCGCUCCCUCUAAUGACGAGCUUCACUGUUCUGUCCAUCCUGCCGAACAGUGGCUGCAGAUCCAGGCCUGUCUACCGACUGCAAAGUUAACAGUUGUACUUACAAAGGUGCAUGAAUAUUAACGCUGAUAUUAGGAGGCCGUGCUUUGUCAGAAGGAAGUAUAAACUAGAUUAAUAAGAAAAAACUCAUCUCUUCUCCCUGAAAUCUGCGACUCCAUUUUAAAUCUUGACACAAAUCUACUCAAUGAUAGACAAUUAUUAAUUUAUGAUUUUUAUAUCUAUUAUUAAUAUUAAGUUAUUUGAAUAACUACAUAUGUAUCAAUCUGUACAACUGCAGGUGGAAGUAAUAGUAAAAGCUAUUGCACAGAAAGAAAGAUUUUUGCGAAAUACGCUUGAUUUAUACCACUCAGCAUGCUGUAUACAGUGAGUUUGAAGUUACAGCCAACGGUUGGUUAGCUUAGCCUAGCAAAAAGACUGCAAAAUGUUUUUUAGAGUGUGCACCCUCGUACUCCUCUAACUUGAAUAUUUUAAGGUUUGGAGUUUUUGACUGAGGGGGGUGCUAAAUCACCAUCACCAUAAUCAUCAUGGUGAAUUGUUGUGAGCACAUUUAUUGAGCACAUUUAUCAAAACAUUCCCUACAUAAUAUGAUGAAGAUGUGUAUUUUUUAUUAUAAAUCACAAGUAGAAUCUCAGAAGAUGCAGAAUCGACUGAGGACUUGAUCAGCUUGUAUUUUCAGGUUAGGAAGGUUAUUAAAUAACUCCAGAUCCCCACGUAAAAAAUGCCUUUGUUUCUUUUAGUAUUACUGUGUAAAUGAAAGAAAGAAAUAUUACAGGACCUCAUCAGUAGGAUUGUACAGAUCAAAUUGAUGAAUUAAAUCUAAAGGAAAAAAAGGCUGCUGCUCAUUGUUCUUUGCUGCACAACUUGUUUUCCUGAAAGAUGUGUUGUUUCUCCACAUUUACAUGAAGUAAUCCGAAAUAACCAAACCAAGAAAACAACAGGAUCACAAGAAGUGGUUAGUAACAGUUGGGUGUCUGUAACUAUUUCUGUAUCCAGCACAGGCUUCAUCCUUUUUAACAAUUAACAAUGUUAAAAUGCUUGUGGUUAGCAAUAGCACUUUCCCCCAGAUAAGCACAACUUCUUGUUGCCAUUAGUAAGUUUAAAGAAAAAUGAUUUGUCUUCGAAUGUGGUUUGAGGGAUUUUCCCUUUUGUAUAACUAAAACUUUGGUGAUGUAAUCAAUCUAAUGUAGAUUAUGAGCAAUUUAGCAAUGCAUCGAUGGUAUAAUAUGGAUGUCUUCUCAAACAUUACUUGAAAUAAGGUUAAAGCUAGUUUUCUUGUGAGCCCCUGCUACCAUUCGUUUCCUCCUCCAGUCCUUUCUGUAGCUAAAAUAAUUAAUCAGUUGGAUGUACUGGUGUCCGUGUUGUGAGUAAAGAAUAAAACAUGGCUCCACUGUAUUUGAACCAUCGUACCUAUAAAGCAUUAGUAUUAAUAAACCCGGACCUGUACUCUAAUCAGAAGUAUACUUCUAGUGGUCGUUUCCUACCAUUGAAAGAUUAACUGUUGUAUUGAACUUCAUGUUUAAUGUUUAUUUGGUUGUGUUUCAGUGAUGCAAUACAAAUCUUGUCAAUGAUUGA